CUUCGCGAUCCGUCCCCGCCGCUCGUCUUCCUCUUCAGAGAAUCACAGAAGACCUAGCGAGAGCAGCAACAAUGGUGGCGGGCAAGAAAACGAAAAAGACACAUGAGAGCAUAAACAAUAGGUUGGCUCUGGUAAUGAAGAGUGGGAAGUACACUCUUGGUUACAAGACAGUCCUGCGCACCCUACGCGGUUCUAAAGCGAAGCUAGUACUUAUAUCCAACAACUGCCCACCGCUGCGCAAAUCCGAGAUUGAGUACUAUGCCAUGCUUGCCAAAGUUGGGGUUCACCACUACAACGGAAACAAUGUUGAUAUGGGAACAGCAUGUGGCAAGUACUUCCGUGUGUCAUGCCUUAGCAUCAUUGAUCCAGGUGAUUCUGAUAUUAUAAAGUCUCUGCCUGGUGAUCAGUGAGAGACUUGGAUGGAACGAAGCUAGUAUAAUUUUGUGUUUCUUAAGAACACUUCUAGUGCAUCAGUGUCAGUUGAAGAGCUCCAUUCUGUUCUUUUUUCCUUCGAAGUUUGUGGUUUUGUUAACUCUACCUGAUCUUUGGUUCAUUUGGAACAUUAUUUCGGUUGUACUUGAAAUAUUUUCUACUCAUUAUUGUGAAAACAAUCCUACUCACUUCAGGAGUAUUUUGUCCACAA